AUGCAACUAAUAACAUCAUUAGUAUGUACUUUCCUUCUUCUACUAUUCUCAAUUACAAAUGCGAACUCGAUUUCAUUCAAACAACAAUUUCACUUAUUCGUAAGAAAAGUAGCUUCGACAUUUCAUGAAAACUGGCGACAACAUUACAUUAGCGAACAUCCGCAUACUCGAAAUCGCUUUAAAUUAACUCGCAAUGCAUCAAAUUACAAUCCAGCUGACUUUAUCUAUCCGAUGAUCCUCACCGUUGGCUCGUGCCUCGUCCAUCGAAACUUAAAAGUUGCGCGUGCUCGGCACAAUCCAUCAUUGGUUUAUGUUGAUAUUUUGAAUAUGGCAUAUGAUGAAUUGCCGGACGAUUGGGCGUAUGAAAAUCGAGCAACCGCACAAGUUGCUUGCAGACAAGUUCUGCGAAGCGUCCGACGGAAGCGGUCAUUCGAUCAUGAUCUCGUCGAACAGGUUGCGGAGAAGAUUCACAUCGCUUGGAUUAAACGCAAUGAAUUUCGAACAUCGAAGAACAUGCUUUCAGCGUAUUCGGUCUUACCCGAAACUGAAAAAGACAAAGAUCGACGUGCAUUUUUGAUUGCUUGCCGUUUAUACAAUGAACUUCGUCUGUAUGAUUACUGGAAAACGUCUCCUAUUCAUCUGAUUGAACCAUCUAUUGAAUAG